UGAAACCCAAUAAGACGAUCAAAGCUAAAAGUUUGGAUUCUUCCUGAAACCUCAAAGCCUAAAAGAAAAGAAAAGCACCGAAUGAUGGAAGAAUCAGAAUCUCGAAAGCAGACACUGUUAAGUUCACUCGAAAGCGCCGGCAUUUUGAUCCCGGACAACGUUACAUCGAUCGGAGACUUGAGUCCGGAAACCUUCGUCUCCAUCUGCGCUCAGUGUGUUAAUUUGAUAGAUCAAACGGCUUCGUUGCCUACAACUCUGCCGGAUGCGGCGAUUGACAAGUUGAAGAUGUGUGCGGACAUGGGUUUAGCUAUAAAGCGACUUGGUUUUAUUGGAGACAUGAGCUAUAUUAAGCUCCUCUAUCCUUCUGAAGAUGACCUCCAUAAGUUGACUAGAUUCUUGGUGGAGAGGCUUACUGAGUCGACUCGACCUGUCAAAAUAGCUGAGGUGAAGGAUGUGAAUGCUAGAGGGAAAACCAAGGAGGGUGGCUCUAAUAUUGGUGGAACGUUAGAUCUUAAUCAUCAGAGAGAAAAAUUGGAAGAUCCUAGUCUCCAUAAUGCAGUGCCAGAGGCUGAAGAAAUACGCUUUAUUGGCUUGAGCAGACAAAAUCCCGGCAAGGCCAAGUUACCUCCUUUUUUUUAUGGAGAACUUUUUGAUGAAGAAGGAAAGCCAGGAAGAGAUCUGUUUGGAAAUGAAGAAACAGCUGCCACGGGAGAUGAUAAGGAUGUUCAGAAAUCAAUUUCUAUUAAAGAGAAGCCAUCCAUGGUAAUAAUUGAGAAAGAAUUAAGAAAUGAAGAAAAAGUGCUCACAGAGGAGGUUACUGCAAAGACAUCAGAAUUACAGCAUCUUGAGGAAGAACUUGAAUUGUUAAAGGCAGCAACAGAAAUGGCAUUUGGUGAUCAGAAUUCUAUUGACUUCUGCUUUGAGCAGCUUAAAGAGCAAGUGGAUGCCAAAAGGUGCAAUAUUACAGAAUUGAAGUCACAGUGGGAUGCUUUCAGAAUGCCUCUGGAAGACAAGAAGAGAAACCUAGAGGAGUCCCUGUAUGCAAACAUACCAGAUUCUCAAGAAAAGCUCCAAAAGUUGAGAGAACUUGAGCACGAAAAACAGUUGGUGUUGUCUGAAAUUACAAAGAGGGAGGAGGAACAUUCUAAACUUUCUGCAGAUCUUGAGAAGCAGCCUAAACUUCCAUCUAGAACAUCCUAUAUUGAGCGGAUAAAGGAGAUUACAAAAAGUAGUCAGAAACAGGAUGCUGAUAUAAAGAGGAUCUUAAAAGAAACUAGGGAGCUUCAGUUGGAGAGUAACUCUAUCCAAGAUCGCCUUCAUCGAACAUAUGCUGUUCUAGAUGAAGUAGUGUGUAGGGAAGCAAAGAGAGACCCAGUAGUACGGAAGGCUUAUAGUCUUCUUACUAGCUUGCACGACUUCUUUGGUCAAAUUUCUGAGAAAAUCCUUACCACUGAUAGAAUAAGCAGAGAAAUGACUGAACUUGAAAAGAAGCUCGCAGCCAUGGCAUCCCGAAGUUUGAAUGUGGAUAAGCUGCAAGCAGACCUUGAUGCCAUUGUGAAGGAAAAUGAGUGCCUGGAGCUACGCCUUGCAGAAAACCCAUGAGUCAUUCUUGUUGCAGCAAUCUAUAAUUGCUUGUUUGCAAUCAUUUCUUUCAUUUUGUUUAAACAUAGUAAUCUCCAUUCUAUUCAUUCGAUCAAGUGAGAGAUUGAAUAUGUGCAUUUACCGGGUUAAGGAAUAGAAAGUUUGUCCGUACUGGCUUCCCUGA